AUGGACGUGGACGUGGACGUGGACGUGGACGUGGUCGUGGACGUGGACGUGGACGUGGACGUGGACGUGGACGUGGACGUGGACGUGGACGUGGACGUGGAGGUGGACGUGGUCGUGGACUUGGACGUGGACGUGGUCGUGGACGAUGACGUGGACGUGGACUUGGACGUGGACGUGGAUGUGGACAUGGACGUGGACGUGGACGUUGACGUGGACGUGGACGUGGACGUGGACGUACACGUGGACGUGGACGUGGACGUACACGUGGACGUGGACGUGGACGUACACGUGGAGGUGGACGUGGACAUGGACGUGGACGUGGACAUGGACGUGGACGUGGACGUGAACGUGGACGUGGUCGUGGACGUGGACGUGGACGUGGACGUGGACAUGGACGUGGACGUGGACGAGAACGUGGACGUGGACAUGGACGUGGACGUGGACGUGGACGUGGUCGUGGACGUGGACGUGGACGUGGACGUGGACGUGGACGUGGACGAGGACGUGGACGUGGACGAGGACGUGGACGUGGACCUGGACGUGGAGGACGUGGACAUGGACGUGGACGUGGACAUGGACGUGGACAUGGACGUGGACGUGGACGUGGACGUGGACGUGGACGUGGACGUGGUCGUGGACGUGGUCGUGGUCGUGGACAUGGAUGUGGACGUGGACGUGGACGUGGACGUUGACGUGGACGUGGACGUGGACCAGGACGUGGACGUGGACGUGGACGUGGACGUGGACGUGGACGUGGACCUGGACGUGGACGUGGACGUGGACGUGGACGUGGAGGUGGACGUGGACGUGGACGUGGACGUGGACGUGGACUUGGACGUGGACGUGGACGUGGACGUGGAGGUGGACGUGGACGUGGACGUGGACGUGGACGUGGACGUGGACGUGGACGUGGACGACGUGGUCGUGGACGUCGACGUGGACGUGGACAUGGACGUGGACGUGGACGUGGACGUAGACGUGGACGUGGACGUGGAGGUGGACGUGGACGUGGACGUGGACGUGGACGUGGUCGUGGACGUGGACGUGGACGUGGACGUGGACGUAGUAGUGGACGUGGAGGUGGACGUGGAGGUGGACGUGGACGUGGACGUGGACGUGGACGUGGAGGUGGACGUGGACGUACACGUGGACGUGGACGUGGACGUGGACGUACACGUGGACGUACACGUGGACGUGGACGUGGACGUGGACGUGGACGUGGUUGUGGACGUGGACGUGGAGGACGUGGCCGUGGACGUGGACAUGGAGGACGUGGACGUGGACAUGGACGUGGACGUGGACGUGGACGUGGACAUGGACGUGGACAUGGACGUGGACGUGGAGAUGGACGUGGACGUGGACGUGGACGUGGACGUGGACAUGGACGUGGACGUGGACGUGGACGUAGACGUGGACGUAGACGUGGUCGUGGACGUGGUUGUGGACGUGGUCGUGGACGUGGACGUGGACGUGGACGUGGACAUGGACGUGGACAUGGACGUGGACGUGGUCGUGGUCGUAGACGUGGACGUGGACGUGGACAUGGUCGUGGACGUGGACGUGGACGUGGUCGUGGACAUGGACGUGGACGUGGACGUGGACGUACACGUGGACGUGGACGUGGACGUGGAGAUGGACGUGGACGUGGACGUGGACGUGGACGUGGUCGUGGACGUGGACGUGGACGUGGACGUGGACGUGGACGUGGACGUGGAGGUGGACGUGGACGUGGACAUAGACGUGGUCGUGGACGUGGACGUGGACGUGGUCGUGGACGUGGACGUGGACGUGGACGCGUGGACGUGGACGCGUGGACGUGGUCACGUGGACGUGGGCGUGGACGUGGACGUGGACGUGGACGUGGACAUGAACGUGGACGUGGACGUGAACGUGGACGUGGACGUGGACGUGGACGUGGACGUGGUCGUGGACGUGGACGUGGACGUGGACGUGGACGUGGACGUGGACAUGGUCGUGGACGUGGACGUGGACGAGGACGUGGACUUGGACGUGGACAUGGACGUGGACUUGGACAUGGUCGUGGACGUGGUCGUGGACGUGGACAUGGUCGUGGACUUGGACGUGGACGUGGACGUGGACGUGGACUUGGACGUGGACGUGGACGUGGACGUGGACGUGGACGUAGACGUGGACGUGGACUUGGACGUGGACGUGGACGUGGACGUGGACGUGGACAUGGUCGUGGUCGUGGACGUGGACGUGGACGUGGACGUGGACGUGGACAUGGUCAUGGACGUGGACGUGGACGUGGACGUGGACGUGGACGUGGUCGUGGACGUGGACGUGGACGUGGACGUGGACAUGGUCGUGGACGUGGACGGGGUCGUGGACGUGGACGUGGACGUGGACGUGGACGCGGACGUGGACGCGGACGUGGAUGCGGACGUGGACGUGGACGUGGACGUGGGCGUGGACGUGGACGUGGACAUGGACGUGGACGUGGACGUGGACGUGGACGUGGACGUGGGCGUCGACGUGGACGUGGACGUGGACAUGGACGUGGUCGUGGACGUGGUCGUGGACGUGGACGUGGACGUGGACAUGGUCGUGGACGUGGAUGUGGAGGUGGACAUGGUCGUGGACCUGGACGUGGAGGACUUGGACGUGGAGAUGGACGUGGACGUGGACGUGGACGUGGACGUGGACAUGGACUUGGACGUGGACGUGGACGUGGACCUGGACGUGGACGUGGACGUGGACGUGGACGUGGACGUGGACGUGGACGUGGACCUGGACGUGGACGUGGACGUGGACGUGGACGUGGACGUGGUCGUGGACGUGGACGUGGACGUGGACGUGGACGUGGACUUGGACGUGGACGUGGACGUGGACGUGGACUUGGACGUGGACGUGGACGUGGACGUGGACGUGGACGUGGACGUGGACGUGGAGGUGGACAUGGUCGUGGAGGUGGAGGUGGACGUGGACGUGGACAUGGUCGUGGACGUGGACGUGGACGUGGACGUAGACGUGGACGUGGACGUGGACGUGGACGUGGACGUGGACGUGGACGUGGACACGUGGACGUGGACGUGGACGUGGACGUGGACGUGGUCGUGGACGUGGACCUGGACGUGGACGUGGUCGUGGACGUGGACGUGGACGUGGACGUGGACCUGGACGUGGACGUGGACGUGGACGUGGACGUGGACUUGGACAUGGACGUGGACGUGGACGUGGACGUGGACAUGGACGUGA